GGGCGGGAGCAGAGGUGAGCGGCAGAUAGGAAGGAUGGAGCGGGAAGAAGAGCCGGUGGAGUUUCGUAAGGACCUGGUCUCCAAGCUCCUCCAUCUGCACCUGGAAGAAGACAAAACUAAAGUCAGUGGUGACGCCAUACUGCUCCUGGCAGAGCUACUUAAAGUAUUUGUACAUGAGGCAGCGAGCCGAGCAGCACGGCAGGCCCUGUCUGAAGAUGUGCCAGCCGUGGACAUAGAACACGUAGAGAAGAUCCUGCCUCAGCUGCUGCUGGACUUCUAGCCUGGACAUUGGUGCCAUGAUACCAGACUCCAUCCGACAUGGCCUUGAAGAUGCCACCGAGCCUGGUCUCACUUUCUGCAGUAAAUGACACUGCAGAGGAGCAGCAUUCAAGAAAAAGCCCUAAGACUUUGUUCCAAUUCAGUGGAAAGCAGAGACUUUUCAGAUGGGUUUAUUGAAGCCGUCAGCCAAGAGCUAAUGCCUUGUCAUAAGAUUUCCCAGAUCCUCACCAACACCACCCGAGAUCUAGUCAUAAACACACCAUUACUAUGUCUGUGCCUGUUCCGUCAGCUCAUCUCCUCCGCUGCCAAAACCAACAUCCCCGGAGAAGUGUGGUUGUCACUCGGUGACUACCUUAUUAGCGCUAGUCUGCUGGUCGGUAACUCAUCACCUGCCAAAGCAUAUGGGCUGACAUACUAGGAUUCAGUGUAGCAGUGUGUAUUCUCUCCAGUAGGUGGCGCCAUUCUAUUGUAUUAAUGAAUGAGCUCUGCAACCCGCAUGGAAACUGAUGUGUAACUGCCGGGUAAUGCUGAUUACACAUCAGAAAAUCAGGGAAACCCACUAAAAAUAAAUAAAUAUGAUAUUCGUUUUAAUA